UUGCUAUGUUAGUACCACUGUAGAAUGACGGUUAGUUAUUAAAUGUGUUUUUGAGUGAAGUUUUAAACUAUGUGCCCAUUUUAAUUUGUGUAGAUUUUAUAUUUAUGUACAAGUUAUAGACUGUUAGAGAGUUAUAUCCACAAUGGCACAAUACGAUUUAUACAAUUCACCAAGCUUCCUUCCCAUCAAAGGGGACUCGGAUUCUAGUUCUUCCAGUAGUAGCAAUUACAACAGUUAUGAACUCUAUAAGGAUAUGCAGAGAAUACCUAAUGUCCCUAUGCCAAGUUCACUCAACAAGCGUAAACGACUUUUUACGGCAGGAAGUCCAAAAAGAACCAAGAAACUACAUGAUUACUUAAUGCAGGCAAAACUGUCCCUAGUAACAAGUACGCCGAGGGUGGACGAAGCAUACUGCACUUCAGGUUUUACCUGCGGGUUGUCACCUGUCGCUCUACGACGAGACAGCAUUAUUCACAUUAAUGGACGCAAAUCAACAAAUAUAAACAAUAACAAUUGCUCUGUAAAGGUGGCCCCAAGACAUCGGAUGUCCCUUAAAAAUAUCAAACUAAAAAAGAGAAAAGGUAAAAGAAUUGGUACAAAGGUACACAAACGAACGAAUAAAGCAAUUAAUACAGGCCCAGGAAAUUGUACUCCAACCUACUAUGAAGAGAGGGAAACUCAAACCUCGAAUUCCUGUUGGGCAGAUGGGAAGACCGAAGAAAAAUGUAUCUCCAAUCCGAUCAAUUUGCUUAAAGACAAAUUGAUUGGAAACACUGACGUGCUUAGAAAUUCUUUCAGUGAAAGAAUACAAAGCAUACAGUCGCCUCGGUCUCCAUUUAAAAUUAAUAAUUCUAUUUCUAAAAUUGUGUCCAACAUUGAUCGUCUGUCGUAUUCUCCAGCUUCUCCAAUAUCUACAGGCAGCGACAAGGUUGAGAAUGGUAAAGAAAUAUUUAAGUAUCCACAAAAAGAUAAUUGGGAAGUUAAAGAAAAUACAAUGGGUGAUAAAAGAAGUGUUAAUGAUCACUGUGGCGUUGUAAAAGAAAAGGAAGUGCCCAAGAUCUCAGAGUGUUUAAUUGAAGAAAAUCGAUCUACUUUGUCAAAUAUGCCAACUAAUGACAGAGUGUUAAGAAGUAGAAGUAGGACACCUCAGAUUCCAGAAAUUUGCAUAGAACAAAAAAAGCGGCGUACAACGAAAAAAAAGAAAGGUGCACCUGGUAGCAACAUUGCUAAUUCAGAUUCGGAAAUGAAAGUAAGUUCACCGAGUGAAAGCCGUCACCACACUUUAGAAGGUUCCCAUUUAAACCCAUCUAGUUUUAUUAAUUGCAACCGACUGCAUUCGAGACUGACUUCUCGGCUGUUGAGUGAUUGUUCGAGUGUUAGUAGUGAACCUGAAAAUAAACAACGUACCUUAGAAGGUUUUCAUUUGAAUCCAACCAGUUUUGUUAAUUGCAAUCGAAUGCGUACGAGACAGGCUUCUCGGUUAUUGAGUGAAUGUUCCAGUGUUAGUACAGAACAUACUCUCAGAGCUAUCCCUGAGAAUCUCUCUGAAAGCGUGGUGGAAGAUAGAAAAAAUAGUAAAACUAACAAUACAAAGAGGAAAAAAGAAGUUAAACAGGGUAAUAAUACCCAAGAUCAAGACACAAAAAUCAACUCUGAAAAGUACAAUCUGGUGGACAGAGAAAAUAGCAGUACUAAGAACAAAACAGCAGAUAGUGCCAGUAGUUUAGAAAACAAUCAGAAUUCUGUGAUUCACUUGACGGACUGCAGAGUGGAAUGCGUCAAAUUGUCACGCAACAAAUGUCAAGAAUCUAAGGAAGUUGAUAUUGUCAGAGAGAAAGGUGGUGGAAGCGUACAGAACUUUGAAAUAAGUAGACAAAGCUAUUUUACAGAAACGAUACCGGAAAGAUCAGCUUGUGCAACAAAUUAUGAAGAACAAAAUCAUUGUGUACCUCAAACGGAAAACACAAUUUACAGUGCCGCAAUAAAUGAUAAACAGGAAAUCAUUGAUGUAAAGGAUGAUGAUCUGACAAUAGAUCAAAUUAAUGUUUCCGCAACUGGGUCACUGUCUCGAGCAUUAAGGGAAAGAUGUGAUAUUGUAAAAGAUCUUAUUGAUAACGGCGCACCUGAUGUAGAAGAUAUUGAAUGUGUCAAAGAGCAACAUGUGCAAAGCCUACCCACAGGUACCAACGUGCAAACCAGAAAUAUGAAAAAGAGGACAUGUUCAAUUACCACCCAACCUAGUGAAUCAGGACAUAACACAAACGGUUCACAAGUUAAUCACAAUCCAGCUGAGUUUGUGAUACCCACAAAAGGGACAAAAGUUCCAAGUAAAACAAAUAAGAAGCCAAACACUCGAAGAAAGACAAACGCUAAGAAACCACCGCCAAAUGAUACAUCUGAAGACACGCCUAUAACCAACAAUUCUAAACGUAACAAUAGGAAUUCCACACAAAGAAAGACAACAAAUGAGCACAUUGUGCUAAAGCAGUAUAUACGUACCCGCAAAUCAGGAUUCGUUCGACUUGAAGAGACACAGCCAAGUUACUCGGAGGAUAGUACUGCAAAUGACACCGGUAGACCAAGACGAACCGCUAGACCUCCAAGGGCAUUCAUUCAAGCAACAUUUGUGGAUACUAGACAUAUCCGAAAACUGUCAAGCGCAAGUACUGUAUCAACGAACUCUGAUAGGAAAAACACAACUAGAAAAACAUCCACUACCAGUACAAGGAGAAAACGGACUACUAAAAUUAAUGUUUCGAUUAAAAGUGACACGAUAGAUAAUGAUCAUGUAAAUGAGACAAAUGCGACCAAGAGGAGGAAGGAAACGAAAACAUCUCCCAAUCAGCGAAAACACCAAGCUACAAAAACGGAUGUAUCUCCUAAUGGGAAGAGAACAGAGAUACUUCAUAGUGUUGAUCAAGACACUAUGCCAAAUUUCACCACAACUGAAAACUGCGAACCUAGUACACGUAGUCACGAUUUCCCUCAAGCAUAUACACUGCCUACCUUGCCUGAUGAUUCUAAUAUUCCCGCUGGUAUAAAUGAAACGGGAGUUACUGCGUUGGACGGAAGUGCUGACGACACUAUCGUGCCAAUAGAGGAUAAUGCAGAAGUGAGCAGUACACCAAAAGUUAUAAUUCUUCAAAACAUGCCUAUUCCAAGUGGAAGUAAAGUCAAAAGUCGAGAAGGUGGUUCCAAAAUCAACAAUUCUGAGAACGAAAAUUAUGGUCAAAAGGGUGCCGUAGGUCCGAGCCACUCUACGGAUCAUAUUAUUCAAGCAGUAGUCAACAACCAAAGCACACCAUUACAAUGGUUUGCCGAUCCACCACAGCUUGAUGCAUCUCAAAAUAUCAGUGUGAUGUUUUGUUUAACGAACUUGAAAUCUCACAUGUGCACCAGUUCCUGUGGAUUCAUACUGUAUGGACCUGGCCAAAAGAAAUCUAGUUUUCCAAAAAACCACGCACUUGUGUACAAGGUGGAAAGGGGAAAUGCUGAAGUAACACAACAGUUUAUUACAAGAACCUUUGGCGUUAGUGCAUGCUUCUACAUACCCUUAGGUUCACCCUAUACAAUAAAAAACUUAAGUGAUACUGAACCUUUAAUUUUAUUUUUUACAAAAAUAGGGAGUCUUUCGUAAUUUGAUUAAAUAUUGUUCAUAUUGUGUAUAUUUUAACUAUGUAUUUAAUUUUAAAUUUUGAUUUAUGUGUAUUCUAAAAAGUUUGGAAUAAAAAACUAUCCAAUUUUUA